AUAAACCAGUUUAUUUUGUUUUGUUUUUGUUUUCCUCAUUUUUCAGGAAUUUUUUUAUUUGUUUUUAUUUUAGUGAAUUCAGAUGUGAAUUAGUGUUGUCAAAUUUAACUCAGUUUAUUGAAAUUCAAGAAAGUUUGUAUUGUGAUGUUUAAAUCAUGGAAAUGAUUAUUUUACGAAUUGAUUUUUAACACAACGUUUUACUUUGAUUAUCUUCCCUCACCGUUUAUAUUGCAAAUUAAGAUUUAUAAUGAUGAACGUAAAUACAGAAAUCAGGCAUCUUCGACCUUGUGAUCGUCGAUGUUUAAUUGAAAUGUUGGACUCCGGUGAUCAUUGGAGACAAUUGGCAUCUAUUUUACCGAAACCUGAUCUAGAAGAUGGUUACUUGCUGACAAGUAAAAUGAUACAGUUAUUGGAGAAUCAUAAGAAUCAAAUUAAUGGAUCACCUACUCGGGCUCUUCUUGAUUACUGGGGAACGUAUGGCAGGAAAAGACCGACAAUCAAGGAUUUAUUGAAAUAUUUGAUUGCCUGUAAAUUAUACCAAGCAGCAGACUUUGUGUCAGUACGGUUAUUAAAUGGUGGACCUGUUAUCAGAGAAGAUACAUGCGACAUGGACGCAAUUUUCAGUUCAAAAUCAAAUGUCAACUGUGACGAGUUGAAUGAGAGAGUGACAACAUUAAACCUAGAAGCCGAAACAAACAACCUAAAAAUAAAUAAUCACAAUGAUUACCAGAGUACACCAGAAAAGGAAUCGGCUGAUUUACAGGCAGACAGAAAGGAAAUAAAUCAUGUACCGAAUGCUCCGGAUGUUACCUCUCUCAGUUUGGAUGACAAUUCGCUAAAUACACAAGUAAAAUUAAUGUUAGAACGUGAUUUGGGAAUCAAACGAUAUUCAUUUAACCAAUUAGCCUCAAGUACCAAUAACUUUUCAUCCAAACCAUUGAACGAAGGUGGAUUUAAAUUAGGUGAAGGUGGCUAUGGAGUUGUUUAUCUCGCUCGAGACACUAAUGGUAAACAAAUUGCUGUCAAAUAUGUUAAAGAUGAAUAUGGCAAACAAUUUAUUAGUGAACUUGACGUAUUAACCCGAUUUAACCAUAAAAAUCUAUUAUGUCUUCUUGGAAUUGCUUGCGAAGGUAUUAAUUUAUGUCUUGUUUAUGAAUUUAUGGCAAAUGGUUCACUGGCUGAUAGGAUAAUUUGUUUACAAGGUAGUCAACCGAUCCCUUGGUAUGUGCGUAAACAAAUAGCAAUCGGUUCAGCUCGUGGUUUAAGUCAUCUUCAUGCUAAUUCCUGUAUUCAUAGAGACAUAAAAAGUGCAAACAUCUUGUUAGAUUAUGAUUGGACUCCUAAAAUAGGAGAUUUCGGCCUCACAAGAAUCAACUAUUCAAAUAAGACAUCUUCAUCACCAACAUCUGUUAAUUUUACAUCAACAAUCAUUGGAACUUCAAUUUACAUGGCACCAGAAUCAUUUAGAGGACAACUAACACCGAAAAUGGAUAUUUAUUCAUUUGGUAUUGUUUUAUUGGAAUUAUUGACUGGACUAUCUCCAUUUGACGAGAAUCGUGAAGGUGGUGAUAUACUUUCAUGGAGUCAAUCAGUAAUGGAUAUUGAUUCUAAUGAUGAUAUUACGGAAGAAAUGAUAAAAUCAUUUGUUGAUCCAAAAGCUGGCAAUUGGGAUUUGAAAUUUGCUGUGGAAAUGAUGAAAUUGUCUCGACAAUCAACUGAAUAUGAUAAAAAGGAUAGACCAAAUAUUGAUGAUAUUGUAAAAUGUCUAGAGAAAUUUUUAUAAGACUUUCAGUUAUAAUUUAUUUUUAUACUUACAUGUAUGAAUCUCAUCUUACAAAACAGUCCUAAUAGUUGUUAUCAUGUACGAAUCAAGUUUCAUCUCAUCAUAAAUCUUAUUUUCUUUACAGCAUUGAUUUUGAUACUCAACUAAUCCAUCAGUUCUUAUAAUAUUGAUACAAUACCUGAUAGCUUUUAAUUUGGCACAUUCAAAUGGUGAUGUCCAAUUCAAUGUUACAGAAUCUCUCACGAGAGGACAUUCCUCCAUUUUGUUUCAUGAUAUGAGGAAGUUCAAUAUUUCAAUUAAAACUCACAUAUUCAUCACUGUUAUGUUAUAAA